GAGAUGUGCGCCCGUCGGUCCGGCGAAGCUGCGUCAGUCCGCCGCUGUGUGCUGGUCCUGGUCCUGGUUCCGGUGCUGGACCUGUGCGCCGGCUGGGACCUGGUUCUGCUCCACACCAACGACGUGCACGGCCGGGUGGAGGAGACCAGCAGAGACUCCGGCAAGUGCACCCAGAGAGGAGCGUGUUUCGCCGGCGUGGCGCGGAGAGCCUCCGGGAUAAAGGAGGUCCGGGACCGAGAGGACCACGUCCUGCUGCUGGACGCGGGAGACCAGUUCCAAGGAACCGUCUGGUUCAACUUCUACAAGGGAACCGAGGCUGCGUAUUUCAUGAACAAGCUCCGGUACGACGCAAUGGCCCUCGGGAAUCAUGAAUUUGACAACGGAGUGGAUGGACUCAUCGAACCCUUCCUGAAGAGGGUCAACUGUUCUGUUCUCAGUGCGAACCUCAGACCCGACCGGACGCUGAGCCCAAAAAUCUACGGCCUGUACUCUCCUCACAAGAUAUUUAAGGUUGGCAAUGAGCUGGUUGGUGUGGUCGGGUACACGACGCAGGAAACUCCCGCCCUGUCUCAGCCCGGACCACACCUGCGGUUCGAGGACGAGGUGGGUGCCCUGCAGCUGGAGGUGGACAAGCUGCUAACGCGCAACAUCACCAAAAUCAUCGCUCUGGGUCACUCUGGCUUCACUGUGGACCAGGAGAUAGCCAGGAGGGUCCGUGGUGUGGAUGUGGUCAUUGGUGGCCACACCAACACAUUCCUCUAUACCGGAUCCCCUCCAUCCUCAGAGAGGCCAGCUGGGCCCUAUCCUUUCAUGGUGAGGUCAGAGGAAGGGAGGAAUGUCCCAGUGGUGCAAGCUUACGCCUUUGGAAAGUAUCUGGGUUAUCUCAAGGUAACAUUUGAUGAAGCGGGCAACGUGUUAAAGGCAACGGGAAAUCCCAUCCUGCUCGACAGCUCAGUCCCAGAGGAUCCAGAGAUUCUGGCUGAGGUGGAGGACUGGAAGAAGAACCUGGCUAAUUACUCAUCCCAGUACAUUGGGAAGACUCUGGUCUACCUGAAUGGGACGUUUGAAGAGUGUCGUUUCCGCGAAUGCAACCUGGGUAAUCUAAUCUGUGAUGCUAUGGUGCACAACAACAUUAAAUUCGCUGAUGAGCUUCAGUGGAACCACGUCAGCUCUUGCAUCAUCAAUGGAGGAUCUGUCCGCUCAUCCAUCGACGAGCACAGCCGAAACGGUUCGAUCACCAUGGAGGACUUGAUCAGUGUGCUUCCAUUCGGAGGGACCUUUGACCUGGUCCAGAUGAAGGGCUCCACGCUGAGGAAGGCUUUCGAGCAUUCAGUGAGAAGAUAUGGACUCGGCACCGGAGAAUUCUUACAAGUGUCUGGUUUCCGUGUGGAAUACGACAUGUCGGAGCCCGCAGGUCAGCGACUCAGGAGCCUCAGUGUUCUGUGCACUCAGUGCCGGGUUCCUCACUACCAGCCCCUGGACCCAGCUAGGCUCUACAGGGUGGUCCUCCCCUCCUACCUGGUGCAGGGCGGAGAUGGUUUCUCCAUGAUCCAAGAGGAGAAGCUCAAACAUGACAGCGGUGAUUUGGACAUUGCUGUGGUUGCGAACUACAUCACAGAAAGGAAGAAGGUUCAUCCUUCAGUCGAGGGACGCAUCAAAAUCUUCAACUCAGCCUGGACACAGCAGGGACACACGAAGCUGGUUUUACUGGGGCUCCUCUGGACCCUGUACGGGAGCCUGUAAGGUCAAAUGCACUCAGGAACUAAAAACUAAAGAGAAAAAAACUGAUUUGAACCAGACCUGAUGGUGGCGUUGCAGGAGUAACAGGACUAGGUUGUGUAUAAGGUUAUAAAAAUGCUUCUUCAGUUCACCUUCUGUUGUACCCUCAUUUCCAAGGAUGUGACGGAGCAGAUGAAAGGGUUUCUGUUGUGCUCAUAGCUAGCUGCAGAAUGGGUAGCAAGUAGGCUUAUCAGUUUUAUCAUUUUGACUUUUGUACUCUUGAUAAUGGGUAUUACCACAUUUCGCCAUUUGAGGGGGAUGUUGGCCUUCGUUACCAUGUACUACCGCUACUAUUUCUUCUUCUUCAUCGUCUUCUUCUUCAAUACGUGUGAUGUGCAGAGCUGUAGUAACUACAAAGGUAUAAAGUUGAUCAGCCACAGCGUGAAGUUACUUCCUUACCAUGUGUUAUGCAUACAUAAUCACUCUAGAUGUUUGGAAACGCCAUUACUGGCUUCAGAAAUCAAUUAACUUGAGCUUACGUUAUAAUUUGAUACCGGGGCGUCCAGGUAGCGGUCUAUUCUGUUGCCUACCAACACGGGGAUCGCCAGUUCGAAUCCCCAUAUUACCCCCGGCUUGGUCGGGCAUCCCUACAGACACAAUUGGUCGAGUCUGCAUGUGGGCAGCCGGGUUUGGGUCGCUGCACUAGCGCCUCCUGGUCAGUCGGGGCGCCUGUUCGGGGCGGAGGGGAAGGGGAACUGGGGGGGAAUAGCGUGAUCCUCCAACGCACUACGCCCCCUGGUGAAACUCCUCACUGUCAGGUGAAAAGAAGCAGCUGGUAACUCCACAUGUACGGAGGAGCCAUGUGGUAGUCUGAAGCCCUCCCCGGAUCAGCAGAGGAGGUGGAGCAGAGACCGGGACGGCUCGGAAAGAGUGGGGAAAUUGGCCAUGUACAAUUGAGAAGGAAAAAGGGGGGGGGUAAAGAAAUAUGAAUAAUUUGGUACCGGCACCACAUGACUGAACAGCGACACCAGCUGUGUACACCGUUAGCUGGGGGUCAGGAUGUUAGCAGUACUGCCAUGUGGCUUUAUUCAUUUAAAAUAAAUCAUCAUUCGUUCAACCUUGUUGUCAAACAUUAGCACUGGAACAGUAAUGUAGACUUGAUACUGGCAUGGCUCUUUGCUAGAAAAAUUAACAGCAUGGGCACCCGGGUAGCACAGCAGUCUAUUCCGUUGCCUACCAACACAGAGAUCGCCGGUUCGAAUCCCAGUGUUACCCCCAGCUUGGUCAGGUGUCCCUACAGACACAAUUGGCUGUGUCUGCAGGUGGGAAGCAGGAUGUGGGUAUGUGUCCUGCUCACUGCUCUAGCGCCUCCUCUGGUCGGUUGGGGUGCCUGUUUGGGGAGGGGGGAACUGGGGGGAAUAGCGUGAUCCUCCCACACGCUACAUCCCCCUGGUGAAACUCCUCACUGUCAGGUGAAAAGAAGCGGCUGGUGACUCCACAUGUAUGGGAGGAGGCAUGUGGUAGUCUGCAGCCCUCCCUGGAUCAGCAGAGAGGGUGGAGCAGAGACCGGGACGGCUCGGAAGAGUGGAGUAAUUGGCUGGAUACAAUUGGGGAGAAAAAGGGGGGGGAAGAAAAAGAAAAAUGAAGUGUAAAGUUGACAGUACAUCAGUGGUGCUCCAGUGUUGUUUUCCAAUCGGAACAACGGCCACUGGACAAGACUUGUUGCACGUACAUUUGAACCUCAUGUAAAUAAGGCUCCAGAUUCCAAGACCAUCUCGCUCUCGCUGUCUCUCUCGCUCUUGUAGGGGAAUGUAAAUAAGGGUCCAUGGUUCCAAGACGUGGGUCUGAGAAACUGGCUUAGUUUUAGAAAAUUCCAACAUAGAGAAACAAGGCCAGCUUCCUCUUCGAGCUGCUUCACAGAGAGCAGUGACUAAAUUCAAAUCAGUCAGCCCAUUUGUUUUAAAGAAAUGGACCAUCAGGGAUGUCAGAACUGAGAUGCGGUCCGACCCAUCUAGCAUCUCUGCAGCUUGCAGUAUGAUCCUAUUUUUUAUUUUGUAAUCAAAAUGAAUUCUUUUUAUACUGUAACUUCACAAUCAAAUUGUAAAAUGUGGCUAAAAUUAUGUCGGUAUAAAUACUAAACAAGUAAACUGUGGUAUUUACAAGUCACAUUAUGUCAACUGCUAAUACUGUGCUUCACAUGGCCAAAGUGUAACACAAACCAUUUUAACACCAACACAGCAGUGCAGCUCUUUGUAACACGUCACAUCUGGUUGGAUUAAAAUGAAACAGUG